GUCGCAGCACGGUCAAAACGCUUGGUGGAGCACCAGCCGUGCGAGAGAUAAACGUUACGGCCGUGCGCGGCCAGGGAAUCGAUUAUUGGGGCAAGCCACGCGGACAAAAACAUAGACCCGCACGCUGCAGCUCGGGCUUGCUCGGCGCGCCGGCGCGGCGCGGCCCUGCAUGGGGGCAGCCUAAAAAUGCUCGCAUGGCUCGCCCUUUGCUGGAGCGCGACCGCCCAGCGAGUCGUGCGCGUCGGCGGCAACCCACCGGCACCACAAACAGCACGCACUCAAACGACGCCGCACAACACGCCGCACGAUGCUUGGCACGCACACGCGGCCGCAAACAGCGCGCUACUUAACACCACGGGCUGCGCCUCCGCCGCGCAUUUGUCCAAAGCUGCCGAGCGAUGGCCCGCGCACGAGGCCACGGCAUCAAUAACGUAUCUGAUCGCUGCCGUCGCCGCCGAGGCGCGCGCCGACGCCGAUGCAUCACCCGACGACCCUCCGAGCGGCGCCUGCCGGGCGCGCGCCGAGCUCGCCCUCGCGACCGCGCUGCUCGCGGACGGCCAGCGGUCGAACGCCGCGCGCGCGGCGCGGCGCGCCGCGGCCCGCGGCUCCUUCCGCGACGCGGCGCUCGCCCAACUCGCGGCCGCGCUCGACGCCGCGUCCGGUGGCAGCGACUUCGCCGUGCGCGCGCCGGCGCUCGUGCAACGCAACGAGACGCUGCGUCCAUCAAUAAACCGUGACGUCGCCGUGACCGGUAAUGAUGUUGCGGUGCGGUUCUGCACGUUCCUCGACGAGUCUGAAUUAGUCAGCUGCGCGCCCCAGGCGACGCUCAGUCGUCUGAAGCCGGGCUGGCACGUCCUGCAUGCGGUGGCGACGGGCCUGCCGUCCGGUGUCACAAUAGCGAACGCUUCUACCAUUUUCUGCGUCGAGAGCUGUCCUCCGGCGACCAAACCCCAGCUCCCAAAAUCCACAAUACCUCGACCGCGAGGUUCAAAAGGCCGCCUCGUCGUCUUGACUCUUGUUCUCAACGGCAUGCCGUUCCUCGCCCACCACCACAAGACACUCACCAAGCUAGAUAUCGAGUGGGAGUGGCACCUCGUCGAGGGUUUAGCGACGGGACGGGCGGACGCGUCAUCUCCGUACUCUUCACAAGAUUUGAGUGACUUUCAUAGAGACGGGUUAAGUACUGACGGCACGUCCGAGUACAUCGACGCCUUGGCUCGGAUAGACGGCCGCAUUCAUGUGCAUCGAUCAUUGUGGCGCGACAAGGUCGAGAUGAUCAACAAAGCUCUCGAAGAGGCGUCGACAGGCCCUGAUGCGAUCAUCCUGCAAAUAGAUGUUGAUGAAUUGUGGACCGCCGACCAACUGUUGAAUAUACGCGAUUCAUUACUAAAAGAGCGGUGCGCCUACUUCCACUGCCAUUUCCUGGUCGGGCCGCACCUUGCCACAGCGACAAGUAAUGGAUACGGCCAUUCUGACGGGUACGAGUGGUUGCGCGCCUGGCGUGCCGAUCCUUCACGUAGUUUCUGGGCAUCUCACGCACCACCUUUGCUUGUGGAACGGGUCAAUGGCACCUGGCUACAAUUAACGGGCGACGCAUGUAUGACGCACGCCACAACUGCAUCAAAAGGCCUCGUGUUUACGCACCACGCCUAUGUAAGUGAAAGACAAGUCGCCUUCAAGGCGAAGUUCUACGGCUACGACAACGCCGUCGAGGGCUGGCGCUCCUUACAAAAUGCGACGCCGCCCGCGGAUCUUGGGGAUUACCUCGACUGGGUCCGAUCGGAGCCGCGGUUCGCGUCAACAGUCGUCGACGCGACCCCUUUUGCUGCUGCCGCUAUAUUAGGGGUCGGAGGUCCAGCACAUACGGCCCUCACAGCCCCACAUGCGUCGACGGCGGCGGCCGAAGUGUUGAGGGCCGUCUCGGCGUCGCCGCCGCCCGUGAUCCAAAAGAAACCACUGGUGGCCGUCGAUGGCGUCGCGUUCCAGCGCGUGCCGACGGGCGGCAUCGCGCGGGUGUGGACUGAAUUAUUACCUCGGUUGCACGUUGCUCUUGAAAGUGUUGAUUGGCGGUUAACUGUGCUCGAGCGGGCCGGCUCCGCGGCGCCGCACAUAGGCGAGGUUAGAAAUCUAGCCCCCUUCCCCGAGGACCACGACCACGCCGGCGACGCCGAACACAUCUCGUUGGUUGCAAGUGACGCCUCGGUCUUCAUUUCUACGGAGUACACGCGGCCCUCCGAGACCUGGAAAGGACGAGUGGUGUUGUUGGUGCACGAUUUAACCCCAGAAAUCUUCGGCUGGCCCCUUGAUAAUUACUGGACGCUGAAACGCGAGGCAGUCAUAAAAGCGGAUCAAAUCGUGGCCGUGUCGCAAGCGACGGCCGAUGCUUCACAACAACACUACGGCCGUAGUUCAGUCAUCGCGCGGAACGGCGUCGAUCUCUCAGUGUUCUAUCCUCGGCAACAGAAGGAGAUCGACGACCUCAAAGGUAGGACACACGUGGAGCUGCCCUACAUACUGUUGGUCGGGCCUCGGUUAGGCUACAAGAACGGCGACGUCGUGCAGCGGGCCUUCUACCAAGCUCGUGCUAGACAACUUCAUUUAUUUAUGGUCGGGGGCGGGCCUCCCACCGAUCGAGAAAGGGAAAUAUUAGGAGGGCCCCACUUCAACGUGUCCUGGAGCUGGGCGCGUUUCCUGAACGAUGAUGAUUUAGCGGCGGCCUACUCCGGCGCGGUCGCUUUGGCGUAUGCGUCGCGCGACGAGGGCUUCGGAUUACCGAUGCUCGAAGCUUUGGCUUGUGGCUGUCCUGUGGUGGCCGCGGCGAUCCCCGCAUCUCAAGAGCUGCUCGGGGACCUCGUGUUGCCGCACUGUGGCUCUGAUAAGCCCUGCGCGGCGGUUUUAAUUGAUCCGGACCGCGCGACGGCCGCGUGGCACGCGUUCCGGGCGCUGUUUGCUCUUUCGGCGGACGCGCCGCGGCUCGCUGCCGCGCGGAGAAGGCUCGUGGCGCGCGCCCAGGCCUUCUCCAACAAUUGGGACUUGGCCGCGGGUGUGUUGAAGGGGGCGUUAGUAGUUUAAAUGUGCUUAGUGGA